UUUCAAGAUGGCGGAGGAUCUUGUUCAAGUCGACGAUCAGGACAUUCAACACUGUUUUGACACUGCCGUGCGCAUAGCACGUAACGCAGGAGAGGUAAUUGCAUCAUUGAAGUGUAUUAUAGGUAAAUAUGGACGAACGAGUUCCAAAGUUUGUUCGGAACUUGAAAAUUUGGCGCCAACGACUUCGACAAGUUUUUUUUGCCGGUUAUUAUGUCGAGUGCAUGUCACGUGUAGCCUGACUUUCAGGAUGCGACCCAAAGAUAUGUCUGAAAUUCAGGCUAUUUAACGUGAAGUUGCCAAGUUUAAAUCGAAUUGACAACAGCGAAAACAAACUGUCAAGUUCAACGCCAAUGUACUAUCAUUAGGUUGUGCGGGUAGCUUUUCAUAAGGAAAAGAACAUUGACACAAAGUCUUGUGGAACAGAUCUAGUAACAGAAACAGAUAAACAAGUUGAGGAGUUAAUCAUUGGAUCCCUAAAGAAGGAAUUUCCUUCUCACAGGUAAAUUAUCUUUUUAGAUAAUGACUUAAAAGUCAUGACAUUUUUAUAUUUUUCCUGUUUUCCUUAUGUUUUUUCUAUUUUUAGCCAUUUCUUCCCUCUUCCGUCCCCUGGUUGUCAAUAAGUGUGCCAGUUUUAUUGUACCAGGUGAUUAUCUUAUGUAUUUAUGUUGGCAGUUUCAUUGGUGAGGAAACAGUAAGUGCCGGUGGAAGCUGUAAUCUCACAAACAAUCCAACAUGGAUAAUUGAUCCCAUUGAUGGUACAACCAACUUUGUUCACAGGUAAGUAGCAGAUGCAAACCUCUGGAAAUCUAAAAUUUGGAGGCUCUCUCCUUUGCAUCAACACCUCCCCCUCCCUCCAAGAAAAUAUCAACGCCCUCCCCCCUUGGUGCAAUUAGGACAAUUUACACCCCUUAGCGAUAUAAAAACCAUCCCUAUCAUUUUUAAAAGGGAGUCCCCUCCAGAUUCAGCUGGGCUGUUAACAAAACUGCAGAUAGACUGGAUCAGAUCAAUCUGUUGUAACCCUCUCCCUAUAGCUGGUCCAAUCAGCUCAAUCCAUAAUUUUGAGCAAAUUUCAGGGUUUCUGAAUUUUGUCAUUUUGAAAAUUUCUUUAUAUUCUCAGGACACCCAUCCCAAAUGGAUUUGGUUACCACAAUGACCAUCUUUAACCCUGGAAAAAUGUAAAAUUUUCAUAUGUCACUUGUUAUUAUUGAAAAUUAAAAUUACUUGAAACCUCUUGUUUCAAUCUGUUGUAAUCUCCCAAUAGCUUUCAGUUCAAUCCAAAUUUUGUACAAAUAGGGUUAGUUCUGUAUUUUUCUAAAAUGGAUUUGGUACCAAAUCACCUAGUGAUUUCACUUAUAAUUUGAAACCUCUUGCUCCAAGACUAUUUUUAUUUCAUGAAACUUUUUUCUAAAAGCAAAAGACAAGGUUUCUCCAAGACUAUUUCAUUUGUGGUCAUUUUUAGAUGAGAAACUUGGAACUGCACUGAAGCGGAAUUAAAUUACAAGACAUUUGCACUUGUUUAUUUAAUUUUCAUUGAUCGGUGAUAAUUUUUAGCCAGGGGGCAAAAAAUUAAUGAUGAAAGUUUACAUUUUCGUUUUAAAAGCACAGAACAAGUGGGGAAUUUUGCCAGCCGUUCAAUUCAUCCUUUGUGUAUGCAUAUGUCUCGAAAGUGCAAAUUUUUUUUAUCACAGAAGUAAGCGAGGAUUGCAAAAGCCAUUUGUCUCAGUCCACAACGCAUACUUCAUGAUUCUAAACACAGAGAGCGUUUGAUGAAUUUCAAGAGAUCAGUUAAACGACAAGUUCAUUAUAUUUCUUGACUUGACUCUCAAUUCUCAAAACUAGAGAAUUGAUUCUCAAGACUCAAGAAUUGAUUCUUGAAAGUUUCAAGAAUCAAGAUGCAAGUGACUGUCAACUUACUUUUGAGUGGUACUGUAAAAUGGGAAGAACUGGGCUUUUCCUAUGUUUGGACUGGAAUGCUCCUUAACACUCCUUAAAAAUUGUUCAUCUUAGAUUUCCUUAUGUGGCGGUGUGUAUUGGCUUGGCAAUCAACAAAAAGGUGAAAAUUUAGUCUAUUUUAAACUCAUUUUCUAGCUUCUUAGAAGCCUGCCCAUCCCUAAAUAGAUAAUCAUAAGAAGCUAGAUAAUCUUUGUGCAAAACUGUGUAAUAAAUUAACUGAUCAGAAAGUGUUUCUAACAAGAAACUGGACAGGUAGAACAGUCCCUCUACUCUAUUCUAGGUUUACGGGUCAGGAAGACAUCAAUAGAAUAAUAGUUUUUGUUGGCCUUUCUUGGCACCCAGCGUAGUUUUGCUCUCAACAUAAUCUAAGAUAACAGCUUCAAGAUUAAUGGUGACCCAACAAAAAUUCUUUUCAGCACAUGUGAUAGAGGUAUUAUUUACCGUGUACUGCUUUUGCUACAUAGCAAUUUAGCAGUUUUAGAUUACUCUUAUACCUUAAACAGUUAGAGUGAUUUUACUUGAACCGUGAAACAGAUAUUAACAAAUAGUGCAAAAUAGGGAGAGGUAGACAAAAGAAGACGAUAAAAUUAGUGCAUAAUAUUGCAUAGUAUUCCACUACCUAUUUCAUGGUUCAAGUAAAAUCACUCUAACUAGGAGAGGUAUGCCUGGGUGGUAAUACUAGGAAUUCUUUGCUGGGGAUGUGUUGGUCAAAUCCUGAUGAUCCUAGAUUUCAGACCAAAACAUGCCAUUUUCCGUAUUUGUUUUCAGACCUUGCUUCUAAAAUCCGUAUCAAUUUUCAGAGCUGACUUCUGAAAGUUGUACUUCAUCUACCAACCCAUUGCCUUGGUUGACAAGCUAAACAUGCAUGAAUCAAUUUUGAUAACUCAUUCAUAGUCCCCUAAUUGUGUAAAUAGUGACAAAUGGCCUGCAUAAAAGUAAGACUAAUUUUCUUUUCUCAUGUUUGUCAUUUUUAACUACCUAGGUAGAAAUUGGGGUCAUAUACAGUUGUAUUAGAGAUGAGCUAUACACUGCCAGGAGAGGCUCUGGAGCAUUUCGUAAUGGAAAGCAAAUUCACUGUUCUGGUCUUACAGGUAGCUGUCAAGUGAACAAAAUCAGAUCUAUUAGAAUACAGGAGGCCUUAGAUAGCAAGACCAGAAAUGGGGGUGGGGGGAGAGGGUCAGUCAAGGGAAGCUAAGGUACACUUGUGCCACGUGUUUAAGACAAAAAUUCUUGACCCAUCAUCGCCAGCCUUCAACUUCCUCCAGACCAAAAAGACAUCCUGUUCAAGUCACUAAAUACCGUGUGGAACAAAAUUUUUGCGGGUUCUAAUUUUUAUUUUUCCAGCAAUUCACAAAAAUAAGAAAGUGUGCCCCAUUUCCAGGACCUGAACCUUGUUGCAGUGACCCGUGGUUUGUAAAAACAAGGUUUUGAUAGGGGUCUCUUUGUAUGUAUUUGGGAAUCGUGGUUGAGGUUAUUAUCUAAGGUUUGUCUUUUAUUGUAAUGGCUCUAUUAUCUUACAAGUUUUUCUUGCAAAAAGGGAGGGGCUUUUUAAUCUGAGUCAUUUUCUAGGGGACAUCAGCAGAUUUAGAGUUGCGUUUACAGCAAAAUAUUAAUGUUAAUGUCAGAUUCAAGUUGAGAAAUUCUCAAAACAGAAAAAUAAUUUAUUAUGAACAAAAUUGAUAAAAACAGCUUGAAUUGUGAAACAGUUCCUUUGGAGAAAACUGGCAUAAAUCUUCUGAUUUCUGUGUACAGUAGUUAAAACGGAGCAGAAAACAACAACAACGGGGAGUAAUUGGCCACGUGGUACAAAUUUGCAUUUGUUUUCCAUAAACGUGGCUCUAAAUCUCUCUAAAAACUUCACAUGGUCUGCACGAGGGGGAAUCUUAUUAAUCUUAGCAAUAUUGUUCUACUGAAGGACAAUGUGCAAAGUUGAUGUUAUCACCUAACUUCCACUUUUAUUAUUACUCUUUGACAGAUAUAAGCAAAGCUCUUGUCAUCACCGAGUUGGGUGCUUCUAGGGAACUUGCAAACAUGGAAGUUGUAAAUAAGAACUUUAGGACUGUAGCGGAGCCACCAAUUCGAGUUCAUGGGUAAGUAACUGAGCUGUAGUGUUCAUCAGAGGUGCAAACCCUCUCACGUCUGAAAUCGUGAAAUUUUCUUACUCAUCGACCCAGUCUGUGAAUCAGGCUCCUUGGUGGGGAAAGCGCUAAAUAAUGGGGUUAACAGUUGGAGAUUGGGGAGAAGAAAAGUGACGGCUCCUUCCCCUCAUUUCUCCUGCCAACUGACUUGCUUCUUUCUUCCCAUUUUCCCUGUCAUUCACCUUUUUUUCCAUUAAGGAGCCAGGUGCCAGGCUUGACUUCUGAUUUUUUUUAAUUUUAACGACUAGCCUGUGCACAGAAGCCCCCUUCCUACAAAGGAUUUUUAAGGGGAGGGAGAGUCUGUACAGAGGUUAGUAACUAGACUACAAAACAGUUGGGUUUUUUCUCAAAAUCAGUUUAGCGUAGUGUAAGAGUAGCGUAAGAGUCUCACGCGCGCAAAGCGUGCAAGCCUCACACGUCCAGAGGGUCACUCUUUCCAGUCUUGCUCUCCAUUUUCAGCCUCGCUCCAGACCUUUUAAUAGUUCGACUGUUCAUGCAUACCUGAAUAAACAAAAAUACGGACUGUUUUGCAGUCUAGUUAGUAACAAGAAGUUUCCUCGCCAUUUGCAUGAUUGUAGUUAUUUUUUUCUUUCUGUUAUUCUGUGUAGCAUCAGAAUGUUAGGAUCAGCAGCACUUAAUUUGUGCUCAAUAGCAGAGGGUAGUGCUGACCUGUAUUAUGAGUUUGGAAUUCAUGUUUGGGAUAUCGCUGCUGCUGGUUUAAUAGUUGAAGAAGCUGGAGGAGUUCUCUUAGAUCCUUCUGGUAUGUAAAGCCCCAUUUUACACAGCCAGGCGAUAUACCGCGCACGUUUUAUGCUUUCAAUAUUUCGAUUCGUUGUAGUCUUUGUAGCAGUCGUCUCUGUUUGCUUUUGGCCAAGCAGUUUAUACCCUGGGUACCAGAGACUUUUCUAGCGCGGUUUCCGGUUUCUGCUCGUGGCUUCGGCCUUCGGCCGACACCGAAAAUUCCCGCUGCACGCGCGAGAAAAACCUCUGGUACCCAGGGUAAGCAGUAAAAGACUGAGCGAACGAUGGCUAAAAGGCGCUAAGUCCUUGUGCGUCUUUCGCGCUUCUCCCGCUUGGCUAAAAGAAACGGAAACGACUGGUACGAAUCUACAUUUUAGCUCCGUUGUUUCGAACUUCCAAUUUUGAUGCCAUUAAUUAGUGACUUUUCUUGUGCAAAAGUAGGCUCUUCCCCUCUUUCCUCCACCACGCCCUGCCCCCUCUUUUUUCGCCACGCCGCCAGGGCGCCCCGGAGAGCUUACUCGCAAACUAGCGCAAAAGUUAUCAAAAAACCUCUCUUUUGGACAAGUGUUUACAUUGAAUACGCCCCUAGAGCACACAUAAGGUAACUGCCGUAUAAAAAUUAGAAAAUAGUAAUUAAAAUAGCCACGAAAUCAUAGCGAAGACUUAGUUUUUAAAUGUCUUUGGCUGCGUUCGGUUACCGGUCGUUUCGAUGCAAAGUCGUUUCGAUACAAGUUAAUCCCAUCGAGUUGUAAAUAGUUUCACGUACUUGGCUUAAAGAACGAAGAGUAUUCACCCAAAAUGUUUUUCUUGUUCAACUGCAAACUUUUCUUGAAGUGAUCGAAAUUUUUGUGCAAUUUCACUGCUUGAGUUCUCGUAUCGAAACGACCGGUUUCCCUACCUUCACACGGCACCAGACGAAUUUUCGAUGUGCAAAAACGUCGCCUUCAAAGUCUCAUCUUGUUUGAAAUGGAAAUGGCUACAUUUCAAUAGAUAGCGUAAUGCAACACAUGUUUGUUUUUUUUUUAGGAGGACCAAUAGAUUUGAUGGCUCGUCGUGUGUUAGCUGCUGGAAGUCAGGAGAUUGCUGAGAAGGCUUCUAAGCAUUUGGAAUGCAUUGAUUUACCAAGAGACUGA